UCACUGGAGAACUGCCUGAAACAUUUUCAAAUCUAAUCACAUUAAAGGAACUCCGUCUUGGUGAUAAUCAAUUCUCAGGAAAAAUACCUAAUUUCAUACAAAAAUGGACAGGACUUGAAAAUUUGUGAGAUCCAUUAUUUGUUUUUCUAAAAUUUAAUUAUAUGUAUAUCUUAGUUAUUUUGUCUAUUCAUAUCUUUGCAUAUAUAUAAAGUUUAAUCAUAUUGUGACAGAGUAAUACAGGGGAGUGGUUUUACUGGGCCAAUUCCAUCUGAAAUUUCAUAUUUACUUAAUUUAGAAGACUUGAGGAUUAGUGACCUGAAUGGACCUGAGUCUAAAUUCCCACCUCUCGAUAAUAUGACAAACUUGGGAGUAUUAGACCUCAGCUAUAACAAAUUAGGAGGAGAAAUUCCAAAGUUUCUUACAUCGCUAUCAAGUAUAAAGUACAUAUAUUUAACUGGAAACAUUCUCACUGGACAAGUGCCCGCCGAUUGGACUGCACCCAUAGAUCUUUCAUAUAACAACUUCAGCAACUCCCCAGAAACAGUAACAUGUCAAAUGUCAAACAUAGGACCUCUUUCUUGUGGGCAAAGCAAAGAAAAAUGCCCAAAAUACUAUUAUUCUUUCCAUAUAAAUUGUGGUGGAGAUAGUAGUGUACAGAAAGGAAGGAUAACAUAUGAGAGUGAUUCAUAUAAGGGAGUACCAUUUAAGAAAAGUACAGUUGAAUCAUCAAAUUGGGCAAUUAGUACAACUGGUGGUGAUUUCAUGGAUAAUGUUCAUCAGUACGACCUUAUCCAAGAAAAUGAAACCAAACUUGCCAUAGUUGAUGAUGUUGAUCUUUAUACAAAGGCACGUGGUUCUCCCAUUUCUUUGACUUACUAUGGGUUUUGCCUGGCAAAUGGAAACUACACCGUCAAUCUCCACUUUGCAGAGAUCGUUUUUAUCAAUGGCACCACAUAUAGCAGCCUAGGAAGGCGUGUAUUUGAUGUAUACAUUCAGGGAGAGCGUGUUCUAAAGGAUUUCAAUAUUGCAAAAGAAGCAAAAGGAAUUGGAAAGGCAAAUAUUCAAAAUUUCAGUGCUUACGUGAGCAACAAUGAGUUAGAGAUCCGGUUAUAUUGGGCAGGGAAAGGUACUACUGGUGUUCCAUAUAGAUCACAAUAUGGCCCUCUUAUAUCAGCAAUUUCUGUCACUUCUGACUCAUUACCUGAGCACAAUCACAUAUCUACAAGGCUAAUGGCUGGAAUUGUUGCUCCAACAGUGAUAGUUAUCAUUAUCCUAAUUAUUUGUCUACUUUGGUGGAAAGGUUGUCUAAGAAAGAAAACAUCAUUAGAAAAAGAGCUAAGAAAUUUAGAUUUACAAACUGGUCUAUUUUCCUUGCAUCAAAUUAAGGCAGCAACAAACAACUUUAAUAUCUCCAAUAAAAUUGGUGAAGGAGGCUUUGGCCCUGUUUAUAAGGGUAUUUUACCAAAUGGCACUAUAAUAGCAGUCAAACAACUUUCGUCUAAAUCAAAGCAAGGAAACCGUGAGUUCAUCAAUGAGAUAGCAAUGAUCUCAGCAUUACAACACCCUUGUCUUGUUAAACUUUAUGGAUGCUGUGUUGAGGGAGAUCAACUAUUGUUGGUAUAUGAAUAUAUGGAAAACAAUAGCCUUGCGUAUGCAUUAUUCGGGCCCAAAGAGAAUGAAUUAAAAUUGAAUUGGCCAACGAGACAGAAGAUUUGUGUUGGUAUUGCUAGAGGUUUGGCUUUUCUCCAUGAGGAAUCAAGAUUGAAAAUUGUUCAUAGGGAUAUUAAGGCAACUAAUGUGUUGCUCGACAAAAAUUUAAAUCCAAAAAUUUCUGAUUUUGGUUUAGCCAAACUCCAUGAAGAGGAUGCUACUCACAUUAGUACUCGAAUAGCUGGGACAUAUGGAUAUAUGGCACCCGAAUAUGCAAUGAAUGGUUAUUUGACUGAUAAAGCAGAUGUUUAUAGUUUUGGAAUUGUUGUCUUGGAACUUAUUAGUGGAAAGGCUAAUACCAUUCAUCGAUCAAAGGAGGAAGUGUUAUAUCUUCUUGAUUGGGCACAUUUGUUGAAAGAGAAAGGCAUGCUCAUGGAGCUAGUUGAUCGAAGGUUAGGUUCAGAUUUCAAUGAAGAGGAAGUAAUGGUGAUGAUCCAAGUUGCUCUCUUAUGCACCAAUGCGACUGCAAAUCUUAGGCCUUCCAUGUCUUCAGUUCUAAGCAUGCUUGAAGGCAAAACCAUUGUUCCAGAAUUUGUUUCAGAUCAAAGUGAAUUAAUGGAUGAGAUGAAGUUAGAGGCAAUGCGACAAUAUUACUAUCAAAAGGAAGAAAAUAAAAUAAAUGAGGCCAACAAUAAUGUGUCACAUAAUGUUGUUGAAGAACAAUGGAUUGCUUCAUCUUCGUCUGACCUCUAUCCUAUGCACAUUGAUUCUUCAUCAUAUUAUUGGGAGCAAAGAAACUAGCUAAUAGAGUGUGUGUAAAUUCCAUUAUACUAUUCCAUAGAGAUCUUACCAAUCGAACUUAACCUUCUACAAGACAAUUUAUGGUGCUAUAUAUUCACACCCAAAAAAAGAUGGUAACAUAUAUUAUGUUAAGUAGUUUAAUCAAUCAUGUCAAUUAUUGAAUGAGUCUUAA